AUGGGCAAAAAGAGCAAAAGCAAGAGCACGCUGCUCGCCACCGCGGAGCCAACACAGCCUGCGUUGGAGCCUGAGGUGGUGGAGGCUGUAAAGGAGCAGGUAAAGAACCAGGACAAGUCCGCGCUGUUCGACGGCUUCGCUCAGAGCGCUGCGUUUUUCGGCAAAAAGGCUUCGUAUGCGGUAGCGAAAGAACUCACGCCUGAUGAACUCAAGGAGCGCCGCACAGUGUUCGUGGGCAAUGUGUCGCUGGACGCCACACAGAAAGACAUCAAGAAGCAUUUUUCCGUGUGCGGUCAAGUUGAAAGCGUGCGUCUUCGACAUCUUCCCAUCGCCGGUUGUGCGGUGGGUGACGCGGGCAACCAGAAGCUCAUGAUGAAGGUCUGCGCCAACAAGAAAAUCUUGACCACAGCUAAGGACAACUGCAACGCCUACGUGACGUUUGUGGAGGAGAGCAGUGCGGAAGCCGCGAUCAAGCUCAACGGGACGACUCUGGUCCAGAUGAAGAUCCGUGUGGACCGCUGCGAGCCUGUGAUUGAUGCGCGUCGCAGUGUCUUCAUUGGAAAUGUGCCGUUCAAGUGCACUGACGAGCAAAUUUUUCAGUUCUUCUUGAAGCGCCUUAAAUCCGAUGACGAACCCGAGCCGAUUGAGAACGUGCGUCUCAUCCGCGACCGCGAGUCCGGUCUUGGCAAGGGAUUUGGCUAUCUGUUGCUGAAGACUCCUGCUCUUGUUGCCAAGACCCUGACGCUCCGUAAUCUCAAGAUGGAGACUCGCGAGCUUCGCGUGCAGGUGUGUGGCAAGCGCUUUAAGAACUUGCGUGGUGAGGAGACUACCAAGGAGAAAUUUGAGGGUCUUCGUGCCUCUGCUGGUGCUCGGGCGCGUAUCCACUUGAAGCGUAAAGUUGGUGCCGACACUCUCGACGGUGGCUUUGCUACAAAAAAGAUGAAGCGCACGGCCGCAGCGGCCGGACUGGGCAAGAAGUUGAAGCCCAAGCACGCGGCGCGUAAGGCAGCGAAGGCCGCGGCUGAAGCUGCCGCUGCUGCUGGCAAAGGCUCAAAGAAACGAAAGCAAGAUCACAGCGCGAGCAAGAAGGUGGACAAGCCGAAGGUCAAGAAGACUAAGCACAAGGACAAACAAGCUGCUCAAAAGUAG